GACAAAUUAGUUAACAGUUGACUAAUUACGCUUUUCAAUUGACUAAAUUGUUACAAUUUACUAUGAUUUAAGUUUCAAUUGUUGAUAAAAGUUAUGAUUAAAUUGUUUAGUCUGAUUGUGAUUUUUUCAACACAAUUGAAUUUUAUUAAUUCAAUUCCAGUUAACCUUUCAGAGAAACAAUUUAAUCCAUUGGAAAAUCCUAAUCUCUUUCUUGGUGACAUAAAAAUCAAAUCAAAAUCAACCGGUAACAAACAAUCACUUCAAAACGCAAUUACAAACAACAAUCAACUAUGGACUAACAAUUUGAUACCAUUUGAAAUUGAUGACAAUCUAAGUGAUGCUUACAAAUUGAUUUACAAUUCAUUACUUUUAAUUCAAUCAAAAACUUGUAUCCGAUUUAAAUAUCGGACUGAUGAAAGUGAUUACAUCAAGUAUACUUAUGAUGAAGGUUGCUAUUCUUAUGUUGGCCGAUCGGGUGGUGAACAAUUAAUUUCACUUGGUGAUGGUUGUUGGUGCCAAGGAACAGUAAUUCAUGAGACUAUGCAUUCAAUUGGUUUCUACCAUGAACAGAAUCGUUCAGAUCGAGAUGAUUUUAUUAUCGUUAAUUUGAAUAACGUUAUCCCAGGAUUAGGGUCACAAUUUAUCAAAUUAAGACCUGAACAGAAUCGACUACUAACUGAUUAUGAUUAUGACUCAUUGAUGCAUUACAGUGAUACCGCUUUCAGUAUUUCCGCUGACCUUAAAACGAUGGUGCCCAAAAAACAAGGAGCGACGUUGGUUCACCAAUGUUUCAAACCAUUUUCACCCAAAGAUAUUGAGAAAAUCAAUAAACUUUAUAAUUGUACUAAUUAAAAGUGAUUAGUUGAUAGAGA